CAUCUUCUUCAUCACAACACAACUACCUUGAUUUACAGAGAGAUCUUCUAUAUCCAUUCACUACUCAGAAUCACCUCUUUCUAUUGUUGAUUGUUGUUUGGGUUUCGGAGAAAGAAAAUUAAGAUGAGUCAUAUGGGGAAAGCUUGGUUAGUGGCAGCAAGUGUGGGAGCAGUGGAGGCACUCAAGGAUCAGGGCUUCUGCAGAUGGAACUACACUCUGAGGUCUAUUCACCAGCAUGCCAAGACCAACCUCAGGUCCUUUGCUCAGGCCAAGAAGCUCUCUUCUUCCUCUUCUGCCAUGGUUUCCAGCAGAGUGAGGGAGGAGAAGGCCAAGCAGUCAGAGGAGUCUCUGAGGACUGUCAUGUACUUGAGCUGCUGGGGACCCAACUGAAGAAGAAGAUAUGAAGAUGGAUGAUCAUCAGCCUGCACUUGAAGCAUCCAGAGAGGGCAUAUUCCAAGAAAGUUAUGGAAAAUUAAGAUGAAGAAACUGCAGUGAAGCAAUUUCAUGGAA